AUGGCUCCGUUCAAACCGACAAAGCAGCUAAAGUGUCCCGAAACAGGGGCAGAGUUUGCGUUUCCAUUUCCACCGUACGACAUACAGUUGGAUCUGAUGAAAAGUCUCUACACCGUGCUGAGCAACGCGGGGAUCGGUAUUUUCGAGAGUCCGACCGGAACCGGCAAAUCGCUCAGUUUAACGUGCGGCUCCCUAUCGUGGCUCAAGGACUACGAACGGGCGGUGGAUGAGGAACUGUGCACCAAGAUCGAUGGCCUGCGAAAGGACAUUGCCGCUUUGGAGAAAGAUAAUGAGGCAUCGAGUGAUUGGAUUACGGGACAGUACAACGUCAUGGGACGGCGGAAGGAACUCGAUGAGUUGCAGCACUUUCGCAGCGCGGUGGAAGAGUACAGGAAGCGUUUGGUGGCGAUGAAAGAUAAAGCUGUGCUGUUGAAGAAGCAUUGGAUAACGGCCAAGGACGCAGCAAGCGACGGUGUGCUGAGGCAGGAUAUCGCGCAUCAGGAUGUGAUCCUCGAUGAGGAUGAGUUUCUCCUCGCAGACGACAGCGGAGGAAGUGACGAAGAGUUGGAGUCAAACCGGCACGAAGUGGACGCGGAACGAUACCGACCGGUUCAGGUGAUAUUUUGCAGCCGGACACACUCCCAACUGUCUCAGGUGGUAGGCGAGGUGAAAGGAACGCAACAUGUCGCGGAUCUGCGUUUGAUGUCGUUGGCUUCACGGCAAAGUCUUUGCAUCAAUCCGGAGGUGCGCAAACUGAAGAGCAACAGCCUUAUUAACGAGCGUUGUUUGGAGCUCCAGAAGAAGGGUGGCAAAGGUAGAUCGGACAGCAAAGAAGCGGGAGGAUCCAAGAAGCGCCGCAAGGUCGCCCAAAGCUGUCCCUUUUACAACCAACGGGCGAUCGAGGGACUGAAGAACGGCACCUUGUUCGAAGUGCCCGACAUUGAAGACCUAGUGAAGGCAGGCAAACGGGAAAAGGCAUGUCCAUAUUAUGCUUCACGCGCGGCAAUACCGGACGCCCAGGUGCUGAUGGUUCCGUAUCAGCUGAUCCUACACCGGCGCACCCGUCAGCAGUCCGGCAUUGAUCUGCGCGAUUCGGUUCUCAUCAUCGACGAGGCGCACAAUUUGCUCGACACGAUCGCGGCCAUACACAGCCAGGAGCUGAGUCGGGGGCAGCUGCAGCAUGUGAAGACGCAACUUGCGGCCUACAAAGCGCGUUACUUUGCACGCUUUACAUCGAAAAACCUGCUCCGCAUCAAUCAGCUAAUAUUCGUGGCCACACGGCUGGAAGGGUUGCUCUCUUGCGACUCGAAAUCCGCAGAAGCAGGGCGAUCAUCCCGUAUGAUCGCCACGCACGAUCUUCUGCUUGACAGUGACAUCUUUAACCUGGAUCUCGUAGAUAUUCUUUCGUUCUGUGAGCGAUCGCGGCUGGCCCAGAAGGUGCACGGCUAUGCGCAGAGUGCUCCUCCGGCGCAACUAUUGGCCCAAGCAAGUGGCCCCUUGGCGGGUCGCCCAAAAGUGGGUGGAUCAUCGAAAGCGAUCACGAGCGGCUUAAAGUCUCUGUUGAAAACACUCGAAGAGGAAAAGGAACGCAAAAUGUCGUCCAAACAGAAGGGCCGCCGGGGAAAAUCGACGACCGGGGACAGAGUGGCGGAAGUGGCAGCUUCCGAACAGGAAAAUGGUGCCACAUCUGCGCCACAGCCACCGACGGCGAACGCUAUUCGGCCGUUGAUCGCCUUCCUCGAGUGCUUCAUCGAGGACGCUGGUGGCGAUGGGCGCGUACUGCUAACGUUUGACCCCAAAGAUCCAUCCCGGUCGUGCAUGAAGUAUCUCUUGCUGAAUCCGGGCGCUCGAUUCGAAGAGAUUGUGCAGAGCUGCCGAUCGCUCGUACUGGCCGGAGGCACGAUGCAACCGACGGAGGAACUGACUGAACAGAUUUUUCGCAACUGUCCCGAGCGCGUAACGAUCAAAAGUUAUCCGCACGUUGUGCCGCUGGAUGCGGUCCGGCCGAUCGCACUGGCCCGUGGUCCGACGGGCAAGGAGUUUCUCUUCAACUACGCCAACCGGCAGUGUCCGCAACUCCUCGACGAACUGCAGUCCACGCUCAUCAAUCUGUGUUCCAUCGUGCCGCACGGUGUGGUGGUGUUCUUUAGUUCGUACGAAUAUCUGGACCAAUUUUGGAAAAGGCUUGAAGCGUCGGGCAACCGGGCACGGUUGGAGGCACGGAAGCGAAUGUUCCGUGAGCCACGCAGCACCGGGCAGGUUGAGCAGACACUGGCCGACUACGGGCUGGCGGCCAAGUCGGCCGCCGGUGCGCUGCUGUUUAGCGUCGUAGGCGGCAAGCUGAGUGAGGGGUUAAACUUUUCCGACGAACUGGGCCGUUGCGUGGUGGUGGUCGGAAUGCCUUAUCCGAAUCGAACCAACCCGGAGCUGGCGGAACGGAUGCGGUAUCUCGAUCGGACGCUAACGCAGGGUCCGUCGUCGGCCGGCAGUGAGUAUUACGAAAAUCUGUGCAUGAAAGCGGUCAACCAGUGUAUCGGCCGUGCGGUGCGACACAUCCGCGAUUAUGCGGCGGUAGUGCUGUUGGAUGCCAGGUACUGCUCCGGUGUGCGCAUCCGGCGGAAGCUCCCGAUGUGGAUCACCGAGCGAAUGGUUUACACCGACCGAUACGGUCUCGCGCACGGAAGUUUGGUAAAGUUUUUCCGUGACCAUAAAGUCAACCUCCGAGCUGAAACGUCCGAGAAAGGGAAGGACAACAACAUCGAGGCCAACAGGCAGGUACAAAGGCGCUACGGCGUUCACCAUUGA